AUGACCAGCGAGGUACCUGGCUAUUAUGAUCAAGAAAAUAGCGAAGGGUUACCUAUAUAUACGGCUCCUAGCGAGCCAUUACCGCAAUAUGAGCCUUCUCUCGAAUAUUUCGGAUUAUCAUUGAUUAAAACGGAGUUUUCGAGCCCAUAUCACUACAAUAAUGGAAACAGAUCGUGGAAACCGGUGUUGUUAGAAAUUAAUUCAACUCAGUUGAAUAUAUAUGACUUGAAGGUUGAAAAAAAGGUGUUAGAACUCAUUGUGGCCUUAUACAACGAUUCAAAUCAAUUGAAUGACGUGAUGCAAAUAGUACAAAAUGAAAAAAUGAAUAAUGACGGUGAUGAUGACUUGGACGAGAUGUGGAAUGAUGCAUAUCAGGGAGAGGUAGAUGACUUGAAACAAUCUACGUCGACCAAGUGGAAAAGCCUGUGGCACAAAUCCAAAUACAGCAAGGUGUUGAAUAAGAGCAUUUCGCAAUACUAUGAGCUUAUCAAGGAAAAUCGUAUGCUUUUUGAGCCUACCAGAUCGGCUACCGAAUACAGCAUAUUCAAAACAAAAUUUCAAGGAAACCAAAUUGCAUCGUACACAUUAAAUAACAUGUAUGUUGGGGAAGCACCCUCUUUAAAUCACCUAGUAUCGUCUAUGUAUAAAGAAGACAAAAGUCACAUAAAUAAGCACAACAUUUCUACAUUGGUAAAGUACAAGAACACCUUGAGAGUCAGAAUUGAAUUGAAGCAGAUGCUCUUGCAAUUUUGGUCGUUCUAUGGGAUGUUACAUUGGUUCAGAGCUUUAAGUAUAGCAAAGGACUUGAGUUCUCCGUUGGAAAAUAGAAGUGUGACAAAAUUAAAGAGCAUACCGUCACGGAAUAGCCGUAAUAAUAACUUGUUGGCGGCUACAGAAGCUGCAGCAAUGCUCGGCAUGGCAUCUGAAGAUCACGAUUUAACAUAUUUCACUGAUCCCUUCAAUUCUCACUCACCAAAGCAUAUAAUACUGGAAAAUAGUGACUAUGCUGAUGUAUCGACCGUGUCACUGGGUUCCAAUACCCCAUAUUCCGUCUUUUCCAAUGAAAGGCGUGAAUCGGUGGGUUCUACAUCUACCGAUAUUUCUACGAUACCCAACAACAGAUAUAACAAAAACAUUAACAAAUUCAGUCUUGUGUCGUAUGAUAAGGUAUUCGCUACAACUGUUGAAAAACAGUACAUUUCAAACUGCAUUCCUGAUUUAAACUCUUUCGACAAAUGGUGUGGAUUGGAUGUCACCGUAUCCAAUUACAAGCAAUAUCUCAGUCCUAGUCAGCAAAACGCGUCCUCUAAAAAUAUCUUCAUUUCAUCAUCGGCAUUAGACAACGCAUCUUGGGGCAUAAGUAAGGUGUUGAAAAAGCAACCCCAACAGUCCAAUUGUAGCAAGAACUUUGUUAUCGACCUGAAAGGUUUGGUAAGCCUUGCACAUUAG